UAGGUCGUACGCGGUCAAGCGUUCCUUCUAAGCUCUUUAAAACGACCAGCCAGUGAUCCGCACCAAACACCAUCUGUCCUCCCUUUUCUUAGCACCGUUUGUGUCUCUUGUUCUAUCCUCCCUUUUCUUAGCACCGUUUGUGUCUCUUGUUCUAUCCUCUCUCAAUUGGAGUGCUUCUUGGUGCUAUCUCAGAUGGGGAGAGCACCGUGCUGUGACAAGGCUAAUGUGAAGAGAGGACCAUGGUCUCCAGAGGAAGAUGCAGUCCUUAAAAACUAUAUUGAGAAGCAUGGGACUGUUGGUAACUGGAUUGCUUUGCCCCAAAAAGCAGGGCUCAAACGUUGCGGCAAAAGCUGCCGCCUCCGAUGGCUCAAUUACCUCCGGCCAGACAUCAAGCACGGCGGCUUCACAGGGGAAGAAGACAUCGCCAUCUGCACUCUCUACAACAAAAUUGGAAGCAGGUGGUCUGUUAUUGCUUCCAAGCUGCGAGGAAGAACUGACAAUGAUGUCAAGAAUUAUUGGAACACUAAGCUCAAAAAAAAAAUGAUAAACGGACAAAUUAGUCUUCCCACCAACAUCACCACCCCCUCCUCCCCCUCCCCUUCUACCUCCACCUCCACCUCCACCUCCCGCAUUCACUCGCCGGCACCACCACCCCAACCUCCUCUCCUCCCUGCCACCGCCACCAACACUCAGUCCUACAACGGCGCCGCUGAUUUCUCGGUGCGGCUCGACACACGCCUCGGUACCAGCUUUGGAUUCCCCUAUAAGCUGUACUCGGAGAUGGCACAGUUCUCGAUGAUGGGCCUCAUGGAUCAACGCGAUUUCAGCGGGAGUAUGAGCGUGUCCCCGUCGGAGGACAUCUCGGCAGCCUCGUCGUCGUCUAUCACGGUGGAUAACAGCUGUAGCAGCAAUGGCUACGUUAAUUGGUCUACCGAUGGCGUAGGUGGUGAUGAUGCGUUCCUUUCGGAGCUUGGUUUCGGACCGACUGGUGACUUCUUUGGUGGCUAUGGAUCUCAGGAGAGGAUGGGAGAGGUGUCUCCUUACUGCUAUUCGGACCUGGCCACCAUAUGGGCUGCUAGUGAGACCAAGCCACAAGAGUUCUAUCAGAGUGUCGCAUAUUCGUAGCAAAGCAAUGGAAUGGAGGAAGUCAGUUAGAAAGAUCACAAAGUAGCCGUACACUAAUAACUGUUGUUAAUUAAGAUGCUUUACUUUGUUUUCUUUGUAAUUUGAAUGUUAGGUUGGGGUGGUAUACUGGAAACUUUGAUGUAAAUGAAGUGAAAAGGAUUGGAUUUUAGAUGGAGGAUUUGAUGCGUUGGAGUUUUAA